AUGCCGUGGAGUGCUCAGGGAGUUUCCACCGGACGUAGGCAAUGGCGGGACUACGAACGGGAGAUUCAGCUCGAGUAUAGGGGACUGCCGCGCGAGAACUUCACUUUAGUAACCUUCACAGAGGAUGCCUUGUCACCUCUAGGGAUUGAUGGAGGUCAUUGUGAUAGCUACGAGGACAAGCUAGAGGACAUCAGCGGACAUUGUGUAUCAGGACAACUACGCCAGCGACAAGGUAGUAGUGAGAAUGAUCACCACUACACCAUCCAGGCCACCGAGCAGAGUAGAAAUGCUAUCAUCUAUAAGCAGCUGAUAUCAUUGGACAUCGGGAAGCGCCCGAUCGAGGCUCCGGGAUCAUCCGUCGGGAGGGACUGA